ACAUAAUGCAUAUCUCUAUCAGUAAACCUAUACUCCUCCCUAAAAAUCCCAAACAACCCCCCCCCACCACAUCAGGACACAAUUUACUUUUGUCAACCAGCCAGCAAUAUUUACCAAUGACUUUUAAAUAGCAUAUAAAAUAUAGUUAAUUGCUGUUUCACUAACUACAGUUAGUAUAUAGCGGUGUCUUUGUGAAGAAGAACCAAAGGGAAACUUUGCACAUGUAGGUAAAUGCUCUUUUAUUGAACAGGCAGCGAUGGGGAUCCGCCACCCAGCGCUGAAUAUCACAAAUUGUACUGCUGUACUAGUAACGUCCACAGCAACAUCCUAAAUGUCUCUCUUCUUACCUGAAGCGUGGUUCUUUCUCAGAGCCUCUUCGCAUGGCCACGUUGGCUGGCCACAACUCUCAUGUUCCCAUGGCUGUGCGGUCAGUGGUGGAAGCCACAUAGCCCAUCCCACCUUCAAAGUAUACAGUGCUACUCUGGCAGUGAAUUUCUUUGGCUGUAUGGCGUGGAUGUUUGGUGGAGGGGGUGUGACUAACUUCGGCAUGUCCAUCAUCUGGCUGAUGCUCUUCACACCAUGCUCCUAUGUGUGUUGGUUCAGACCCAUCUACAAGGCCUUCAAGACAGAUAGCUCGUUCAACUUCAUGACUUUCUUCUUUGUCUUCAUGGCCCAAGUUAUUAUCACCAUCAUCCAAGCCAUCGGCAUUCCAGGAUGGGGCGUCUGUGGCUGGUUAGGGACCAUUGCCUUCUUUGGCACCAGCAUCUUUGCCUCUGUCAUUAUGUUGAUUCCCACCAUCAUGUUUACGGCUGUCGCUGCUCUGUCCUUCAUCGCCCUCACUAAGGUUCAUAACUUCUACCGUGGCAGUGGAGGUAGCAUAAGCAAGGCUCAGGAGGAGUGGGCCACAGGGGCCUGGAAAAACCCACAUGUGCAGCAGGCAGCACAGCAAGCAGCGCUCGGGGCUGCUCAGGGAGCCAUGCAGCAGCAGCAGUACUCCACACCCAACUAUGACAAUCAGAUGUGAAGAAGUACUCAACUACAAAAGCAGGGGAAACUGGAAAGAUUGGCAAAGUCAGAGCACAUGGUGUUUGCUUCUUCUCUGUGAGGUAGGACAUCCCAGAGCUGUCUGGGAAAGUGUUGGAGAAACUAAUCCUGUUUAUUUCCUGCUUAUUCGUAGUUUAACAUCUACACCAGUUAGCGUUAUUGAAUGUGUAUGUUGAGUUUUUGUUAGCUGUGUAUUUGUAAUUCAUACAGAUUUCAGAGGUAAAGCCGUAAAUUACAUCAUAAGCUGGAACAACUCUACUGUAACCUUGGUCCAUUAUGUUACAAAAAAUAAAUUUUUCAUGUUACAAGCUUGUCACUGUAACAUUGUGUUGCUACUAAGUAUCAAACCAUUUUCUCAACUUAUUCAUUUUAUAUCUAAUCCAGAGCAUGUCUAUUGUGUAUGCAACCAUAGUAACUAUGUACUGACUUACCAUGCUCAUUAUGCUUAGUAUUUAUAAAAAGGGAAUUUUCUAUAAAACUCUGGAGUAUCUACUAGUCUAGUGGAAAAUAUGUAAUACAAAGUCUCAGGUAAACAAACUACUUAAACUUAAAAACAUGUGUAGUUAAUACUGUUAUUAUGCACUGUUAUUAUGAUAUUAAUAUCAUAUUAUUUAUCAUUUACAGUUGUAGGUAUUUAUUAUGCAGUUUGGUGAUGUGUAAUGGUUUUCCAUAGGGAUAAUUUGUGUACUUGUGUACAUGUUCUAAUGUGGACAUACAGAGUAUAAUAAUGUAGUAUUUUAUGCACACAGUCAUUUGCAAAUGUUUAAAUACCCCAAUCAAAUUCUAUGUUGUGUUGAGUUUUAAGUGAACAUUAAUAAAUUAACAGAGAACAAAAGAAAACAUGACA